ACGCCCUCAGCGUAACACUCGAGAGUCAGUAAGGCACGGGAGGCGAACCGAGGGCGAGGAGCCGAAGUCCGCGGUCGAGGAAGUGAUGGAGGUGGAGGGUGUGUAUGGCUUUGCGGAGACUGACCAGCGGCCGUACCGGGGCAGUCGCUAGACUCCGGAGAAGGCGGUACAGGAGGGUUUCGCGGGAGGCGGAGGUCCAAACCAUCCCGGAGGUCGAGAAGAGGUCCGGCCUCAGGAAGCGGUACGUGUUGGUGUCUUGUGCAGCUAUAUUGGUGGUUUCUGCGGCUACUGCUUUGCUCACUUGGCAGCUAGCAGCCUAUCACCAGCCGCUUCCGCCACUUCUCCGAGAACCGCCGGAUCCAGAAGACCACCAACCACCCUCGCCCUCUUAUCAGCAUGUGUUCCGCCGCGCCGCUGUCUGCACUGAUGGCACCCCUUGCUCUAGGAUCGGCAGAGAUAUCCUGGCCAAGAAUGGUUCGGCAGUGGAUGCAGCUGUGGCCGCUCUCUUCUGCAACGGCGUUGUCAAUAUGCAGAGCAUGGGCCUGGGUGGCGGCUUCAUCAUGACACUGUAUGAACGAGCCACCAGGACCGGUCACUCCCUUGUUGCGAGGGAGACUGCCCCAGGCUCUGCCACCAAGAAUAUGUUCGAUCGCAACAGCACUCUGUCACGAGAUGGUGCUCUGGCAGCUGGGGUGCCAGGGGAGUUACGGGGAUACUGGGAAGCUCACAAGAGGUUCGGAAAGCUGCCGUGGGCCGAAGUCGUAGAACCUACUCUCCAGAUCUGCCGGGACGGAUAUCACAUGUCCAAGCAUCAGUCGGACGUUCUCAGCAUCCGUAGCUAUCUCAUCACCAGAGACCCGAAUCUCAGGGAGUGGUUUUUCAACAAGGUAACCGGUCAGAUGAACCCAGCAGGUAGUCUUGUGCGACCGCGUCGACUGUGCGCGACACUGGAGGUGAUCGCGCGUGAAGGCGGGGAAGCUAUACACAACGGCUCCCUUACACAAACUUUUGCGGAGGACAUACAGGCUCUGGGUGGCAUCAUCACGGAGGCCGACCUAAGGAAAUUCAGACCACUAUGGCGGGACCCCAUUACUGUUCGUCUCCAUGGAAACACACUGUACACAUCCCCGCCCCCAGGCAGUGGAGCUUUUCUGGCCUUCAUCCUCAACAUCCUGGAUGGCUUCAACAUGACUCAACACAGCAUGGACACUCUUGCCAACAUGACAGUCACAACACACCGCAUGGUCGAGGCUUUCAAGUAUGCUUAUGCACGGCGCACUGAGAUCGGUGACCCUGACUUCGUCAAUAUCACCCAGUACCUGAAGAAUCUAAUGUCAGACGAGUACGCCAACGAUAUCCGCGCCAAGAUCCUGGACAAUGAGACUUCAGAGCAGCCUGAGCACUACGGUGCAGUCUACUACAACCAGGAGGAUUCUGGCACGGCGCACAUCUCAAUCCUUGCCCCAAACGGUGAUGCAGUCUCUGUUACCAGCACCGUCAAUCUCUAUUUUGGUGGAGGAGUGACAUCAGAGAGGCUCGGUAUCAUCCUCAACAGUGGAAUGGACGACUUCUCAGUGCCUGGGGUGGUCAACUAUUACGGUGUUUACCCCUCUCCUAGUAAUUUCAUUGUACCGGGCAAGCGUGCCAUGUCAUCAGUGAGUCCGACCAUCAUUGUCAACAGCGAUGGUGAUGUCACCAUGGUCAUCGGAGCAUCAGGCGGCACCAAGAUCAUCACCUCUGUGUCUUCAGUGAUCAUGAGAUAUCUGUGGUUGGGCAAUUCCAUCAAGGAGGCGGUGGAUGCUAGCAGAGUACACCAUCAGCUGUACCCCAUGGAAGUCAGUUAUGAGUAUGGAGUUAUAGCCCCGCUGAUUAGAAGUCUGCAGGCCAUCGGACAUAAAACGAAGAGGUACCGUGACAGAGGCUCCAUUGUGUGCGCCCUGGCCAGACAAGACGACAAGAUCUACGCCAACGCUGAUUAUCGCAAAGGCGGUGAAGUAUAUGGAAUGGACUGAUUCUAGGUUGUGAUCAAAGGUUUGUCAGCAGUUCAUACAAUGUAAAAUUGUGAUUUCGUAUUGUGAUCAAAUUGAUACACUCCAUGCAAAGUUGAUUUUUAUAAUAUUUUAUACACAGUAAUGUUACUUUUUUUGUACAAAAAAAGUCAUAAGGGUCUAAUAUUAGUUCAUCAGUAUUAAUCAUCAGUGUUAAGCAUUGCUAAUAUUGUUAGUUUAUAUUUUUACUUAUUACAUAUCAGAAUAUCUUUUAUUGAAUUAGAAUAUUCAAGAAACAUUAUCAGGAGCGUACUCAGAAUAUUAUUUGGGGGGAUUUUGGGCGUAACGUUAUAUAAAUAUGUAUAAUCACUAUUGCACGAAUUGUUACUUUUGAUUGUUGCAGAAGUAAACUCUACAUUGACCAACAUUAAUGACUGCUUAAAACACAUACAAAAACUAAGAUAAUAACUCAUUAUUCUACAAAAAUUAAUCUUGGUGUAUUCAAAAUUUUUGGGAAGACCACCAAAAAGGUGGGUCAACCUGUUUUCUCCCUAGAUACGCCCCUGAUCAUUAGCAUAUUUCUUGAAUAUCAAGAACCAUUAGUCAUUGAUCUGUGUGAUACUACUGAUACUCUUUGAGUUUUUCAAAUUGUUAACAAAAGUUGAAACUAUGUAAUUUAUAGAUUUUAUUAAUCGUAUAACUUUGUUCACUGUCAGUUGACUCAACUUGUUUUUAUUUGUAAAACAAUGAAUAAAUGUAUGAUUAAAACAUAAUUCUCUAUUCAUGCUUUUAAACAUUGACUGUGAUCUGCUUAUAAUUGUGUUGCUUAUUGUUUUCUGGUUAACCACGAUAGUUGUAAUAAAAUCGCCUUAGUGAACUCAGUACUGACUUGGUGGCUGGAUGCAUUAAACUGGAAACUCCAAAUUCUGGGUUCUUGUUUUUCCGUCAUUAAUUAAUAAUCUUUCCUUGCACUCAAAGGCCUCAACAGGUGUACAUUUAAUUAGUAGGCAAAUUAAAAUUAUUUCUUGUUGAAUUAGUGCCUCUUUUAUAGUACUUAAUUAACUGUAAGAACUGUUAUGCAUAUAUAACCUACAGUGAUUUUUAUACUCAAGUUUUUUGAGCAUCUGUGUUUGAGACAUAAUACGACACAUAUGAGCUUCAUUUUGUAAGUCACAUUUAAGUUUUCAUUUUGAAUGUGAAAAGAUAUUAAAUAUAUAAUAAUUACAUUUUA